UUCUAUGUUCUGCUUCAGGGAAUUAUAAACCAUAUUUCUUGGGUGGUAAUGUGAUUUUCAAAGGAAACACUAUGGAACAAGUAAUUUACUAGAGGCCACAAUUUUCCAUCUGAUAGUCCAAGUCAUCGGAAAAAAGACAGCGUGUCUAAGAUGUUCUGAAAAUUCUUAACUUAUCAUCCUCCAUAGCUUUCUGUGGAUCAGUCACAUUGACUGACUUUCGUUUGGAAUACUGUCCAAAGACCCAAUGUUUUGAAGUCUUCAGCCUUGGUAAGCGUAGUCUAGGUGAGAAGGAAGUGCCAGGACAAGGCUUUGCAAAACUAAUCUUGGCAAAUUUGUCAGACUGAGCCUUAUCUUCACUUUAAGGUUGUGCCUUCAAAAUAUUAUUCUUUUCUACUAUACAGAAGGUCAACUAUUUUCUUUGCUUCUUUCUUUUCUCCCUAUUGCAGCAAGUCUUCCAAGAUACACAGCAAUUCCAAACACCUUUCUACUUGUCAGAUCUAUUCCUACAAUCCUGUAAUCAUUGUCCACCAUCUUGUAUUUUGUACAAGGUCCAUGAAGGGAGAAAACACAAAUGAUAAUUCGUUUCUUGCUGCAAUCAUGUUUCUUUCUUUCUUGUUCUUCAAUCGCAUAGUAUCUUUCUCUGCCGAAGAGCUACCCUACUACGUCCCUUCAGAUAAUGUCGCAAUGGAUUGUUCCCCAGAAAAAUCCUAUGAUUUCAGCUCAAAUCCUAACAAUAAACUUAAUAUCAAUUUUUCAACUGUGUCAAGGGUUUAUGCUAUUGAUCCUGACACACGUGAGAGACCAAAAAUUUCUGCUUGCAUCUUUAAGAAACAGGUUACUUACCCUUUUUAUGUAUCCGUUGGUCCCAAGUUUGUUCGACUUUAUUUCAAACCAGUCACCUAUUCAGGAUUAAAUAUAUCAAAGGCAUUAUUCUCUGUCCAUGUUGGUCAGUAUACACUUCUAACUACUUCUUCAUCCACAUACUCUACGUUCCAUCCAGAAGCUGAAUAUGUUGUCAGAGAAUUCUGUAUCAACUUAGAAGACCAGGUACUAAAUAUGACUUUCACCCCAUCAUCAAAGAUUUUGGGUGCUUAUGCUUUUGUCAACAAGAUUGAAAUUGUCUCGAUGUCUUCAAAGCUUUACAUCCAAGAAGAUGUUCCACUUCCCCUUGUCGGGCAAUCUUCUUAUUAUUCUAUGGAGAACUCUGUAGCCCUUGAGAUGAUGCACAGGAUCAACAUAGGAGGAAAUUUUAUCCCUCCAGCAGAAGAUAAUGGCAUGUUUCGUGUAUGGACUGGAGAUGAUGAUGAUGAUUUCAUGAAUGGUGAAGGCAAUACAAGUCCCAUUGAAUCAGAAGUUGAAAUUAAAGCAAGCUCAGUGAAGCUGUAUGCAGCUCCAAUUCAAGUUUACACCUCUGCCACAACAAUUCCAGAUAUGUCUGUAAGUAACUACAGCGCUACAUGGUCAUUCCCUGUUGAUUCUGGCUUUUAUUACCUGGUUAGACUCCAUUUCUGUGAGAUUUCAAGUGUAAUUCAGCAUGAUGGUCAAAGAGUUUUUCAUGUUUAUAUCAAUAAUCAAACUGCUGAAGAACAUGCCGAUAUUUUUUAUUGGAGCCAUGGGGCUGGAAUUCCCACUUACAGAGACUACAUUGUCAAUCUUUCUAGACGUGCCGAAGGCAUAAAGUAUAUACAAAUUUCGUUGAGAAGUGAGAAAGAAUCAACAGCACUACCCAUUUUAAAUGGUUUGGAGAUUUUCAAGUUGUCAGACCUUUCACACAAUCUUGCAGGACCACAUCCUUUUGGUGUAAGAAUACACCCGCAUCUGAAUCUUUCAGACUUUCAAGAUCACCGUGUUUUGAUGCUUUCAAGGACAGCCCGCUAUCUCAGUCUCAGCUUUUUUGCAACAUCUUUUCUCUGCUCGCUUCAUUACUUAGUUUCGAAAUCUGGGCUAUUGAGAAAAACUUUAAAGCAAGAGCAAUCAUCUGACUGUUGUCGUACCUUCUCAAUUGCUGAGAUAAAGGCAGCAACCGACAAUUUUUCAGACACUCUGCUCAUUGGCACAGGCGGAUUCGGGAUGGUAUACAAAGGAUCCAUUGACAGUGGCAGCACCAAUGUUGCUAUAAAGCGUGCCAAUACAAGUUCACACCAAGGACUAAAAGAGUUUCAAACUGAAAUCACAGUGCUUUCAAAGCUCAGACACUGCCAUGUAGUAUCUUUAAUUGGCUACUCCAUGAAUGACAAGGAAAUGAUACUCGUUUACAAUUACAUGGCUCAAGGUACACUAAGAGAUCACCUGUACAAGGCCCAUAAACCUCCACUACCUUGGAAGCAAAGGCUUAAGAUUUGUCUUGGAGCAGCAAGAGGACUGCACUACCUGCACACAGGAGCAAAGAAUACCAUCAUUCACCGUGAUAUCAAGAGUACCAACAUACUAUUAGAUGAAAAAUUGGUAGCAAAGGUUUCAGAUUUUGGGUUAUCAACAAGUGCAUUGAGACAGUCUAACACACAUGUUUCAACUAUUGUAAAGGGCACUCUUGGUUCUAAUCCUGAAUAUUAUCGACGUCAAAAGCUGACAGCAAAGUCAGAUGUGUAUUCUUUUGGAGUGGUUCUGUUUGAGAGUCUAUGUGCUAGGCCUGCUGUGAUGGCGAUGAGGGAUAUUGAAGAGGAAGAGUAUUAUGAGAAAGUGAAUUUGGCAGAGUGGGCAUUACACUGCUACCAAAUGGGAACUCUCGAUCAGAUAAUUGACCCAUAUUUGAAUGGGAAGAUUGCUUCUGAAUGCUUCAAGACGUUCACUGACAUAGCAAGGAAGUGUUUAGCAGAAAGGGGAAGUGAAAGGCCAUCCAUGGGAGAUGUGCUAUGCAAUUUGGAGCUUGCACUGCAGCAGCAGAAUGCUGCUGAUAUGGAAGAAGACAGGGCUCGAGAAGAAGCAAAUGGAAGGACGAACGAUGACGUCUCCAUAAUGAUUGAUGGUCAUGAACAAUGCAUUUGCUUUGAUCAUUCAGACCAAACUCCAGGGCUGGAGUUUUCUGAAAUCAUGUUUCCCAUUGGACGUUGAUGAAAGUCCUUUUGCACCCAUUUUCAACUAGAUUCUAAGACGAUAAAGCAAGUAUUCCUUUAUGAAUUACAUAGCUACAAGUUUAAAAACAUACUGUGUGAUUUAGCUUUUCUCCACUUUGAGGGGUUGAGGUUAUUUCUGUAUAUUCUGAUACGUCAAAAAAUGUGGUGUAUGUAUGACAUUUGACAUUUCAUUUUUUUUAUUAUUUUUACUUAAAGGAUUAUAUAAAUAUUGUUAG